GCGUUACGGAGAAGGUUGACGUCUACUCCUUUGGGGUCAUUCUCUUCGAACUCUCGACACGGAAGCUGCCCUAUGCGGAUGUUACGCAGAUGCAGCUGCCCCGCGUCAAAGCCAAAGGCCAGCUUCCGCGAUUCCCAUCGGAGAUGGACACCGAGGUCGUGGAGCUCGUGCGCGUUUGCAUGGGAGUCAAACCUGGCAGCCGGCCGGCCAUGACGACGAUGAUCACCAAGAUCCGAGAGCUCUGCCACGCCAAGAGCAUCGACUUGGAGCAGGAGCAGAUUGCUAUGGAACAGCGGGGCCUGCACUUCACCGGCGUCGGGGGCUCCACCCCUCAUGUGGAGCAGCUCCGCAGGGCGGAGGCGGAGAAGCGGCGCGCCGAGCAGGAGCGUGCUCGCCUCGCCAGGCUCUUGGCCGAGGAAGAGGGGCGCGUCCGAGCUCUUCAGGCAGCCUUGCGAGGGGACACUUCAGCCGCAGAAGCCGGCAAGGCCGAGGAGCAGCGGAAAGAGAGGGAGUUCGAGGAAUUCUGCGCUGCACGAACGCAGCCCGUCGGUGACUCGAAGUUCCGCUGCCUCGUCUGUCUGAAACUCUUUCGCGGGCCGGAGUUUGUGCACAAGCACUUGCGCGAGCGUCAUUUGGAUGAGUUCGAUGCUACCCGCUCCGGCAUGGUGUCACUCACUGCUGGGCACCCGCAGGGUGCUGCAUCGGAUCAGUUUUUCGAUGCAGACAUUGCAGAGGAGACUAGUCCUCAGCAAUACACGCAAAGGCUUGGCACAGCCGAUUCUGCAUCAUUACGGGAAGGAGGCUUUAGCCAAGCUGUGCAAGAUGCAGCAGAAAAUGGCGAUUUGGCCUGCCUUCAGCAGGUCCUUCAGCAGCACGGUGCAGCGAUGCUUAGCCAGCGAGAUGUGGACGGUAGCACCCCUGCUCACCUCGCGGCCAAACGUGGGCAUGUAGAGUGCCUGCAGUUCUUGCUGCAGUGCAGCGUAGAGCUGGCAUCUACGGAUGACAGUGGCCACACACCUCUGCACCUGGCUUCACAGGAAGGUCAGCAAGAAGCCGUGGAGCUCCUCCUGCAGUGGGGUGCGCCUGGAGACACCACUGGCACUGCGAAACAGCGGACGCCCUUGCACCUCGCGGCCUCGAAUGGCCACUUGGAGGUUUGCAGUGUCCUCUUGCUUCAGAAAGCCAAUGUGAACUUGCAGGAUGCAGAUGGCGAGAGCCCAUUGCACAAGGCAGCGCGCUUUGGCGAUCGGGAGCUGUGUGAGCUGAUGCUAAGUUGGGGUGCAAGCGUCACCCUGGCCGACAACGAUGGGUGGUGUCCACUCCACGAGGCAGCGAGGUGGGGAGAUGGGGAGCUGGUGGAGAGCCUGCUGCAGCGGGGGGCGGACCCCGCAGCGCGCUCCAACGACGGGGAGAGUGCCCUGCAUGUGGUGCCUGGAGGCUAUGCCGAGUUGGAGGUUGUGCAAGUCCUUCUGAUGUGGAAGGGGGAUGUGAACAACCGGGACUAUGAUGGCGAGACGCCGCUCCACUUGGCAGUGAAACUCGGGGAUGCUGAGCUUGCCGGGCUUCUGUUGCAGAGCGGCGCAGAUGCAAAUGCCACUAACACCGCAGGUGCCACACCACUGGACUUCGCCAAGAAGGAUGAAAUCCGGUGGUUGCUGCGCUCCCACAAGGGUCGCAAAGGCACUGGAGCCCUCUGA